AAAUCGUAUAAAAAUCGACGCAAAGGUGGGUACGUUGCGAAAAAGCCGAGCUAUAAAAACCAAUGUAAAACGGCAUUCUGUCUUUAUCCUUAAAUUACACUUCGAAGUGAUUAAAUGUCUGUGUACAACGAUUUUCAUCGACAAUGGUCAUCAAUCUGGAGUAGAAUAGUUGCGUGGGAGCAUUAGAUCUACAAUUAGCAUCUUGAGGAAAGAAAUUGAAGCACAGCCCUGUUGGUAUAGCGGCCCUAGCGCCCAUGGAACCAAUACCCGUGGAAGCCGCAGAAGCCGUUCAAGCCAUAGAACCCGUCGAACCUGCGAUGCCUGAGGUACCCAUUGAGCCCGUGGAACCCGCGGUACACCAGGUUCCCAUUGAGGCCGUGGCACCUAUGGCGCACGUCGCUCCUCUGGUAGAACCUGUGGUACUCGAAGCAGCCUUGGAGCCAUUGGUGCCCAUAGAACCCGAGGUACCCAUGGAACCCGCGGCAAUGGAACCGAUGGUGCCUAUAGGUUCUGGCCAGACAUUGGUGCCUCUGAGGAAAUUUUUGAGAGUCAAAUGGGAUUCCUACACUGUGGCAACCAGGUCCUUACUACGGGCGGUGUUUUCACAAUCUGUACUCGCGACGCAUUCCUUGACUGGUAAGAGGUCUCCAGCUUUCUUAGAUAGGCCAGUCAAGGCCUGUUUAGAUGCUCAGAUUGUGGAAGACAUCGUUACGACGGUGCAAACGCGGUUUAAAUCAAGUAAAUUGAAAAAGAGUAUGAUCAGGAAAGUUAUCACAACCAAAUGUGCUGACGAGUGUAAAAUGCUCAGGAUGAAGGAGAACAGGCCUCCCGGUGGAGGUAGCAAACCGCCCUAGUCUCAAGACUACGUCAUGAGUGCGAUUCACUCGAGCCAAACAUCUUUACAACCAAAGGUCAUAGUUGAAACAUCCGUAGACUGAGAAAUCGAUCGAACGAACAAACCAAGUACUGACCGAUCAUCGAGUACCUAAGGGUCAAUGCCAAAAGUCGUGAAUCUCAGAUAGUGAAUUGGUCUCAAGUUAGUGGAUGGCGCAGCACGCAGGGUUGCUCCGUUCCCAAGAAAAAGGUUGAUCGGAUCAAUUGCUAGUAUUGCCACAAACGCCGUAACUGUGCCUUCUGCUGGACCAGCGUGUUGGUUGGGUUGAUUUAGUGGAGACAAUUAUAAUAUGUUGAUUGUGCUUUACAAAGAAGAUGGACCAAAUGAGAUCACUUCAAGUGAUCGGAGAGGCUGGUUUCUAUCUUAGUAGCUACUAUAUUGUAAGCAUUGUCGUCCACCCAUCCAUUCAACAUGUUUUUUUGAUGCGUUACUUUGUUCUUUUAUUUACUAUCCUAUUUUUCUAUUUU